GUGAGGUCUCUUUCUCUGACCACACACUAUUCUUCUUCUUUAACUGCCUCUUCUCAUUGUUUUUUCAUCUUAUCAAGUCUUUUGCUUUUGUAACAUUUCCUUACCUACAAAACCCAUUAAAGUUGAAGUUGAGGGGUUGCUGUUUCAUUUUCAUUGUCUCCUCAUUUAUCCCUCAUAUGGGUGUCUCUCACAACGGUGUCCAAUGAGAAUUCUACUCCUUUCAUGGCUUUUCUUCAUACCCUUAUUCACAAUUUUGUUUGGCAUCAACACAGACUUUGUUUCUGGCCAAUGUCUGAACGAUCAGCUAUCCCUGUUGGUCCAAUUGAAGAACAGCCUCCAUUUCAAUUCUUCAUUUUCCCCCAAGCUCAUAAACUGGAAUCAGAAUCAGAGCACCGAUUACUGUGGUUGGAGUGGUGUGACUUGCGACAACGCUACUGGUCGUGUGAUAGGUCUCGACCUCAGCAGCGAAUCAAUCUCUGGUGGAGUCGACAAUUCCAGUGCUCUUUUUAGUUUUGAGUCUCUUCAGAGUCUCAAUCUGGCUAAUAAUAGUUUCAACUUUACACAAAUUCCACUGAGAAACCUCACCACUUUGACAUACCUGAAUUUGUCAAAUGCCGGAUUUGCUGGCCAAAUUCCAAUGGAACUUUCAAGCAUGAUGAGGUUGGUUACUCUCGACCUCUCAACCUUUUCCCCUGGUAGUGGUACUAUUAGUCCUCUGGAACUUGAGAAUCCAAAUUUGUCAAGGCUUGUUCAGAACCUCACCAAACUUGAAGAACUUCAUCUUAAUGGUGUAAAGAUAUCGGCACAGGGAAAGGAGUGGUGCCAGGCUUUGUCAUCAUCGUUGCCCAAUUUGCGGGUGUUGAGAUUGUCCAAUUGCAAUCUUUCAGGCCCUUUCGAUUCUAAUCUCUCCAAUCUACGCAAUCUCUCAGUGAUCCAUCUGAGUGAGAACAAUCUGUCGACUACAGUUCCAGAUUUCUUCACAAAUUUCACAAAUUUAACAGUGUUGCGUCUCAGCAAUUGUAAUUUGCAAGGAGUGUUUCCAGACAACAUCUUCCAGGUACCAGCUCUACAGACGCUUCAAUUAUCAAACAAUCAAUUACUGAAUGGUUCUUUGCCAGAAAUUCACCAAUAUGGAUCACUCCAAAAUUUGGUUCUUAGCUAUACGAAUUUUUCAGGGAGAUUACCAAACUCAAUUGAUAACUUUACGAUACUGUCCAGGAUAGAGCUUGUCAAUUGCAACUUCAGUGGAUCAAUUCCAAAUUCAAUGUCAAACCUCACCCAUCUUGUUUAUUUGGAUUUCUCUUCCAAUAACUACACUGGUCCAAUCCCAACAUUUCAGAAGUCGAAAAAUCUCACCCACAUGGACAUGUCUCGCAAUUAUUUCACGGGUCUAAUUCCUUCCACUCACUUCGAUAGCCUCUUGAAUCUUACAUACAUCGAUUUGCGUUACAAUUCACUCAAUGGGAGUAUUCCAUCAUCUUUGUUGACGCUCCCAUCUCUGAAGAAAGUUCAGCUUUCAUUUAAUCAAUUUGGUUGUCUACUUAAUGGACUUCCAAAUGCCUCGUCCUCUAUAUUGGAUACACUCGAUUUGAGCAGUAACAAAUUAUCAGGACCCAUUCCCACAUCUUUCUUUGAGCUUAAAAGGCUCAACAUCCUCUUAAUUUCGUCAAACAACUUCAGUGGCCCUAUAAACCUGGAAAAUUUUGCAAGGCUCCCUAAUCUCACUGCACUUGACCUUUCAUACAACAGCUUGUCAAUUGAUACAAGUGGCAGUAGUUCAACCUUGUCUUCCUUACCACAAAUCUCCAAAUUAAGAUUGGCUUCUUGCAAAUUGCAGAGUUUUCCUAACCUCAAGUACCAAUCAAGGCUUUAUGAAUUGGAUCUUUCAGACAAUCAAAUUCGUGGAGAAAUACCAAACUGGAUCUGGGAAGUUGGGAAUGGAACUCUAGCUUAUCUGAACCUCUCUUAUAAUCUACUAGUGGAUGUGCAAAAGCCUUAUAAUGCUCCUAUGAGUCUCAGCGUCCUUGACCUACGCUCAAACCAGCUCCACGGAGAGAUCCCAAUACCACCUGGGUUUAUUACCUUUGUGGACUACUCGAGCAAUAAUUUCAACUCUUCUAUUCCAGUUGAUAUUGCUAACAAUCUUGCUUAUUUCUUCUCUCUUUCGAAUAAUAGCCUUACUGGAGCCAUCCCUCAAUCAAUAUGCAAUGCAACCUAUCUCCAAGUUCUUGAUUUGUCUAAUAAUGGUUUGAGUGGCACAAUUCCUUCAUGUUUGAUUGAAAGCAGUAGCAUGACUCUUGGUGUAUUGAAUCUACGGAAAAACAAACUUAGUGGCAAUAUAUCAAGGACAUUUCCAAACAAUUGUAAACUAAAGACUCUAGAUCUCAAUGGGAAUCUUUUGGAAGGACAAAUUCCCAAAUCCUUGGCCAACUGCACAAUGUUAGAAGUUUUAAACCUUGGGAAUAAUGAGAUAAAUGAUACCUUUCCGUGCUUCUUGAAAGAUUCAUCAAGUAUGCGUGUUCUAGUUUUGCGGUCCAACAAGUUCCAAGGAGGCCUUAACUGUUCAGGGUACAGCAAUGGCAGUUGGCCAAAUCUCCAAAUAAUUGAUCUAGCUUUCAACAACUUCAGAGGUAAUCUGCCACCAAGAUGCUUCUUAAAUUGGAGGGCAAUGAUGGUUGACAAGGAUGAUGAACUACCAGAGCUCAGUCACUUGCGUUUUGAAUUUCUACGACUCAAUCACUUCUAUUAUCUGGACACGGUGACAGUUGUCAACAAAGGGUUAGAGAUGGAGCUUGUGAAAAUUCUAACCAUCUUCACAUCCAUUGAUUUAUCGAGCAACAAUUUCCAAGGAAGUAUACCAGAUAUUGCUGGACAACUCACAUCACUUUACGUUCUCAACUUGUCACACAACGCCCUCAGCGGCUCAAUCCCAGCAUCAAUAGGAAACUUGAAACAGCUCGGAUCAUUAGACCUCUCGAAUAACGUGCUGACUGGGAGGAUCCCAACGCAGCUUGCAAGUCUUACAUUCCUUUCAGUCUUGAAUCUGUCAUAUAAUCAAUUGGUUGGACGGAUCCCAGCAGGCUACCAAUUGCAAACAUUCUCUAGAACCUCCUUUGAAGGAAACAAGGGAUUGUGUGGGUCUCCUUUGAGCACAAAUUGCAGUGAGGUACCAUCACCAUCACCGUCACCAUCACCAACUUCUGUUGGUUCAGGAUCAAAUUUGGUGAGGGAAUUUUAUUGGCAGUUCAUAUUCCCAGGACUGGGAUUUGGGGUAGGUGCAGGAAUUAUUGUUGGACCUCUUAUGUUCUGGAAGCAAGGAAGGAAUUGGUGCGAUGAACGCAUUGAUAAGUUUGUUUUGAUAAUUCUUUCAAUGUUUGGAUUCAUCUACACCAGUUGUGAAGACAUGAAGGUUGAGGCAGAGGAGAACAUUGAAGAAGAACCCACAGAUGACUCUGGAGUCUCUGACAAUGAUGAAGAUGAAAGGGAAGAAAAAAAUCGACGAAGGUACUGUUUGUUCUGUUCGAAACUUGACACUAGUAGGAAGAAAGUCAUACACAAUCCAAAAUGCACAUGUCAUGACUCAACACUGAUGUCUUCUUUUUCCACAUCAUCAUUAUCUUCUUCUAGUCAUAAAUCACCAAAUUCUUGAAUUUUAAGCUCUUUAUAUUUUUCCUUUCAUGUAUAUAGAUAUAAAAGAGCAUCAACUCUCAAGUGGGAUGAUGAAAACAAAUCUUUUCAGGUGUUUUUGUAAUAUCUUAAUUAAGAAAAAGAAAAUUGUUUUUUGCA